CAACAAACAUCAAUGGGAGAAGGAAACCAAACUUCUGUGGCUGAAUUUAUCUUGCUGGGACUUUCACAGGAUCCAAAGAUCCAGAUCUUGCUGUUCUGUGUUUUCCUGACCAUUUACCUUCUGUCUAUGUUUGGAAACCUGCUCAUAAUAAUCCUUAUUCAGACUGACUCUCGACUUCACACUCCCAUGUACUUCUUCCUCAAAAACUUGUCAUUUGCUGACCUCUGUUUCUCUAUAAGCAUUGUUCCUCAGAUGUUGGUCCACUUCCUUGUGAAUAACAACAACAAAAAAAGGAAUACCAUUUCCUUUGCUGGAUGCUCACUACAGAUAAUUGUCUUCCUUCUCGCAGGGUGCACAGAAUGUGCACUUCUGGCAGUGAUGUCUUAUGACCGCUAUGUGGCUGUCUGCAAGCCCCUGCAUUAUUCCACUGUCAUGACCCAGAGGGUUUGUGUCCAGUUGGUCAUAGUGUCUUGGAUCAGUGGAGCAUUUGUAUGUUCAGUGGAUAGUGCAUUUACACUGCGUCUUCCCUACCAGGGACAGAAUAUAAUUAAUCAUUAUUUUUGUGAACCUCCUGCACUCCUGAAGCUGGCUUCAGCAGACACAUACAAGGCUGAGAUGGCCCUCUUUUCAAUGGGUGUGAUUAUGCUGUUAGCACCUCUCUCCCUCAUCCUUGUCUCCUACUGGCAUAUUAUCUCCACAGUGAUUCAGAUGCAGUCAGGGGAAGGGAAGCUCAAGGUCUUCUCUACCUGUGGCUCCCAUCUCACUCUUGUGGUUCUCUACUAUGGCUCUGGAAUAGUUGCCUACACGAGACCCAAUUCCAAGACAAUGAGUAAAAAGGAUCAGGUCAUCUCUGUGUUCUUUUCAGUUAUGACUUCCAUGUUGAACCCCAUCAUUUAUAGCCUGAGGAGCAAGGAUGUGAAGGGAGCCCUCAGGAACCUGGUUAGAAGAUAA